AACUGUCAAUAUUAUUGGUUGAUAAAUGAGAAUAAAGUGCUUAAAUUUAUCACCAAAUCGUACUUUAAAAAAACACGUAUCAUCAUUCCUAUUUAGCGGUUAGCGAUUUAUAGUGUUUUUUUAAUUUAGCCAGUUUUUUUUGGCUAAAAAAUUUACGUAAAAUGCCCUCCGAACCUAUUUCUGUUAAACAUAGAAUAUUUCUAGUGUCUCAAGGAAUAUUUCAGUUUCUUUUGGCUAUUUUCGUCACGUCAACAGUUUGGAUUGUGGCAAUUAACAGAAAUUGGAAUGAACUGCACACAUGGCAUAUAUUUUUAUCUACCACAGGGUUUUCUUUUUUUAUGGCUGAAGCUGUGGCUGUGUUUAGCCCUGGAAACGUGUUUGUACUCGGAUUUAGCAAAAAAACUAGAGGAUUCAUUCAUGGUGUUUUAAUGACAUUCGCUACCAUUGCUGUCAUAGCUGGAAUAUCUGUGAAAAUUCAAGAUAAAGUAAACAACAGCAGGAGUCAUUUUACUAGUACUCACGGAAUAACAGGCUUGGUUGCUUUUCUGCUCACCAUGCUGUCAUUCCUUCUCGGAUUCCUAGCAGCUUUCUCCAAAUUAACUUAUAGACUUGGAAUCAAACCAGUAUGGAUCAAGCAUUUCCACAAUUUCUUAGGAAUAGCUGCCUACGUUUUGGGCUCAAUUAGUUUAGGUUAUGGAUUAAGACAAUACUUUUCUCAUGUCACGUAUAACACCAACACUGGUUUUAUAGUGAUCUUGAGUGUUAUGGAAUCUUGA